AUGGAAGUAACAAGAUCAUUUUUAAGUAUAACGACUUCAGCGAUUACAUUGCCGUCACGAGCGAAUGGAACUUUAACUUCUACACCAUUAGCUUAUCUCAUUAUAUGGCCAAUUAUUGCCGUCGUUACUUUUAUAGGCAAUGUAAUCAUGUUAGCAACAAUUAUGAGGACUAAGCAUUUACGAAAUGGCUGCUACGUCUUAAUGGGCAGCAUGUUUGUUAGUGGUAUAUUGUACUCAUUGCUUUACUUAGCACCACGAUGGGCAAACCCAUAUUGGCGAGAAGUUGUAUUCAUAUGUUCUAUAACACAAUUAAUUGGUAUCCUAUUUAUUGUUAACUUAAAUUUGCAUAUAUGUGCUAUAGCAAUGAUCCGAUUUCUCGGAGUUAAAUAUCCUCUUCGUUUUAAAGCAGUUUCUUCACCAACAGUUGCCUAUAUUUCAGUACCAGUUAUCUGGAUUAUCUCUAUAUUGGUCGGAUUUAUGCCACUAGUUACUUUUAUGCCCUAUAAGAUUGACACUUGCGUUACAUUUGGUCGUAAAGAUAGCGACAUUUUGUACUUAGUCAUCGUUUUUGCUAUGUUAUUUUUUAUUCCAUUAAUUGUUAUUAGUGUUUUUUACGCUACAAUUUGGAAAAUAUUGAAAGUUAACGAUAUUAAUAUGGAACGCCAUCGCCAACGUGCAAGUGGAUCAUCAUACGAACGCAGCUAUCAUGUGCGGGCGGCAAAACAGACUAUCAUUAUAGUCAUGGUGUUUGCUGCGUUUUGGCUGCCAUUCGUCCUGACGUUCUUACUAUUUCUUUUUGAUGUUAUCAAAAUUGAUCAAACAAUUAUUAUCCAGCCAACACAAUUUAUUGCUUUUAGCUAUGCUGGAGCUAAUCCGUUUAUUCAUUAUAUUCAAAGUUCUGGAUUACGACAUGGCACUAAAGUGCUAUUUCGAAGAUUCUUCUAUCGUAAAUAA